AUGCCGAUUUCCGAGCUGGAAAAGGUUAGUCUGAAUCGGUUUGUAGUUGUGAAAUGUCCUCGGACACUUUGCAACCGAUUAAUUUUGAAUGUUUGCAGAAAUCGACGGGCCUUUCGUUCGAAAUCGCUGCCGAAGAGAUGCGACGUCUGAAAGCGGCCCCAUCGGAAAGGGAACAAAUGAAAUUGUACGGACUGUACAAGCAGGCCCUCCACGGAAACAUUCCCAACGAAGAUAUCUAUCGUAAGUGCGCUCUAAAGAGAAUUUGCGUUUUCUCGAAGAAGUCCGAUGAAAAUUCGGCUUUUUUACAUAAAAAAAAUAGGAAAAAAGCAAUUGCGGUCUAAUGAGACACGUUUUCAGCGAUUCCGGCGGGCGACGAGCGCGGAAUGAAAAAGUACGCGGCGUGGAAGGCGCAAAAAGAGAUGAAUCCGGAGAGAUGUCGCCAGGAUUACGUGAGGAUCGCCGAGGAGAUGAUCAGAAAGUACGGACGGAAGAUUGUGCGAACCAAGUGGAAUUCCGAAGUGUGGUCCGUCGAUUAUUGA